UGUGAAAAGAGGACUAUGGCAUCUAACAGCCUAUUCAGCUCAGUUGCAUCAUGUCAGCAAAACUUCUUCUGGGAUCCCACUACGAGCCGGCGCUUUACUCCACCGUCCACCACGUUACCAGCAACGGGGAAAAUGAGCGAUGUGAGCGGGAUGGUGCCUCACCAGGAACCAGGGCCCGGAGUCGGAACAGCGGGGACGGCGGCGCUGAGCAGGUCUAUGAUGCGACCCCACGAGAACCGAACCAUGGUGGAUAUCAUUGCCGAUCACCCUGCAGAGCUGGUGCGCACGGACAGCCCCAAUUUCCUCUGUUCUAUCCUUCCGUCACACUGGCGAUGCAACAAAACCUUACCGGUGGCAUUCAAGGUUGUCGCCCUGGGGGAUGUUCCUGACGGGACUAUGGUCACGGUCAUGGCCGGCAAUGAUGAGAAUUAUUCGGCCGAACUCCGCAACGCCUCGGCGGUCAUGAAGAACCAAGUGGCUCGUUUCAACGAUUUGCGGUUCGUCGGCCGGAGUGGACGGGGUAAAAGCUUCACAUUGACAAUCACGGUAUUCACAAACCCACCCCAAGUGGCUACCUAUCACAGAGCUAUAAAGGUUACAGUGGAUGGUCCUCGCGAACCGAGAAGACACAGACAGAAACCUGACGACCAGCCCAAAGUUGGAUUAUUUUCCGAACGUUUGAGUGAAUUAGAACGCCUUCGCCAUACUGUGGAGAGAGUGGGUGCUUCAAUGCAAAGUCCACGGCCUUCUCUCAAUCCUACACCUGGUCCUUUCACCCCUCAGGCUGCAUCGCAAAUUGCAGACUCCAGGCAGGCCCAGUCGUCACCGCCAUGGUCAUACGAUCAGUCCUAUCCACCUUAUCUGAGUCAGAUUACAUCACCUUCCAUUCAUUCCACAACUCCUCUUUCCUCCACCCGUGCCACAGGGCUUCCUGCAAUCACUGCUGAUGUGCCAAGACGACUUUCAGGUGCAACAGAUCUUGGUCCCUUCUCAGAUCCUCGGUCCUUUGGGCUUUCUUCGCUCACGGAAAGCCGUUUCUCCAAUCCUCGAAUGCACUAUCCAGCCACCUUCACCUACACACCAACUCCAGUUACAACCGGCAUGUCUCUAGGUAUGUCUGCAGCCACACACUAUCAUACUUAUUUGCCACCGCCUUAUCCUGGCUCAUCCCCAAACCAAAGUGGACACUUCCAAACCAGCAGUGCACCCUAUCUCUACUAUGGCACCUCAUCUGGAUCUUAUCAAUUCUCCAUGGUGGCAGGGGGAGAACGCUCGCCCUCCAGAAUGCUGCCACCUUGCACCAGCGCAUCAACUGGCAGUACACUUCUCAAUCCAAACCUGCCCAACCAAAAUGAAGGCGUUGAUGCUGAUGGUAGUCACAGCAAUUCUCCCACCGUGUUGACCUCCACUGGAAGGAUUGAUGAAUCUGUUUGGAGACCAUACUGACUCUUAGAUUCAACAAGAAAACAGAACAACAGCUUUGAAAAGAACAUAAUUAUUUAAACAGUGCCUAAUGUACAGUUUUUAACUGGAUAAAAACCUUAUGAUAUGACUGCUUAGAGAAAGAACUAGUACAGACCUCAGGACAUUGCUGUACUGUUCAACAUAUGCACAUGACUUUGGCUAUUUUAAGCCCCCCCCCCCCCACACCCCACCCAAACUGAAUGAACUUAACAUCUUGUCCAAAUAGUGUACAUGAAGAAGUCCUAUUUGCACAGCAAAGGAAACAUUCUUUGAGAAAGAUGGGCCUUCCAAGAAGUGGCAGAGUGCAACUUGUAGUAAUUAUUGAAACGAUGUUGUAAGUAGCGAAACAAAAAGGUAGCUGAAAAAAGGACUCUAAGCUUGAAGAUGAAAAGUCCUGGAAAAUACAACUGCCCACUUUAAUGUUUCUUCUUUUGUAAGGAAAAUUGGCUCACAAUUAGAGUAGAAGUAUAUGAAAAGUAAAUGUAUGCAUUUAGUUUAACUAUGCAUAAAGGGGCAGAAUUUUUCUUUUUCUAAUACAUUUCUUGAGGAACACCCGUUAAAUGCAAGUAGAGAGAAGUUGGUUUUAUGAUCUUUAUGUAAGCAUUUCUGUUUACUGAAUGUUUACUACAGAUUUCAAGAUGACUUUCUGUUAUCUUGAAAUGGUUUUAUACGUACCACAAAAUUGCUUUUCAAUUUCGAAGGAGGGUUCAUCCCGUCUUACUUGGAGCAAUUUUAUUCCACUAUAUUGUUUCAUUUGAAUAUUGUUUACUCAUUAAUUGAAUGAUUCCUUGAUGUUGACAUACAGACAUUAAUAUGAUAAUGUCUACUUUGGCAUCAUUAUGCUAUAGUAUCUGUAGUUGUCUGUGUACUUGAGGAAGAAUGGCAAUAGUUAAUAAUAUCAUAACAUUCAAGCUCAAAUGGCUUACUUUAAUUAAAUGGUAUUUUCCUAUGGAAUUAGAAUCAUAAAAUAUUUUGAUAAUUAAAUAUCUGUGCAUACUUAACAAUGGAAGCUUGGGUGGAAAUUGGGACAUUCUUGGUAGUUCAUGCCUGUAGCUUUGAGAGUACUUACUUAUUUGUCACCUAUUCCAUUUCAGUCGAUUUCCCUUAAAAUCGACAUACACUUAGAGGUACAGGAGUGGUCUUCUGCCGAUAUAGCCCAUCCACUUCAAUGUCCAACAUAUUGUGCAUUCAGAGAUACUCGCCUGCACAUCACUGUUGUUAAGUGAGGUUAUCCGAGUUAUUCUCGUCUUCCUGUCAACUUAAACCAGUCUGGCCAUUCUCCUGUCACCUCUCUUAUCAACAAAGCAUUUUCGCCCACAGAACUGCUGCUCACUGGAUGUUUUUUGGUUUUCAUACCAAUCUCUGUAAAGUCUGGAGACUGUUGUGUGUGAAAACUCCAGAUCAGCAGUUUCUGAGAUACUCAAACCGUCCUGUCUGGCACUAACAAUCACUUUAUGGUCGCAAUCACUUAGAUCACAUUUCUUCCCCAUUCUGAUGUUUGGUCUGAACAACAACUGAACUUCUUGACCAUGUCUGCAGGCAUUGAGUUGCUGCCACAUGAUUGAAUGAUUAGAUAAUUGCAUUAAUGAGCAGGUAUACAGAUUUACCUAAAGGUGGCAAUUGAGUAUAGUAUAUAUAUAUAUAUAUAUAUAUACACACACACACACACACACAUAUAUAUAUAUAUCUUGCGAUAGAAUGAAAAAUUAUUUGAGGAACAAACAGCGAUAUUGCAUUGAAAAAGUAUAUAUUGGUUAAAAUAUCCUCACAGAGCUUAUGUUUGGAGGGUUUACUUAAAGGGAUAUCUACAUGUUUGGGUAUAAUAGCUCUAUUCCCAGUUACAUAUGCCUAACUCUUCUUAUGAAUAUAAGAAUGAAGCCUUCCAUUGGUUGAGCUCGACCAUGACUGUUGCAUCCUAGCUGUCUACAGUCAGCCAAUAGAAUGCAACAUCCAGGUUAACCCUGACUACAAGCCAGUACAUAAGCCAGAGCAGCAUGAUAUGGAGGGCAAGCACUUUCCUAUGCAGAAGGCUCCCCUUCUCAGGAGAGACUGAUACUGACUGGCACCAGUGGUAUCGCAGGAGUUGCCAGUCAGCGUUGAACUCAACGUAGGACUGCCUUAGGUACUCCAUCUCUGGAUUUUUCCUCAGGGUUUACUACCAAUGGAUUUCCCCACGAGGCAGUGAAAGUUUGAGAGCAGAACUUUCCUUCCCCUAAAUAAGCUGCCAACCAUUGCUGAUGAGUCCCAUCUGCCCAAAGCAACUGGCUUUAAGGCAGCAGUAACCCACCUUUGCCCCUUCUCCUGUCAGCUGAAAUAGUUCCUCCAGUCACAUUUCGCUAAAUCAUACAUGAAGGCCAGGAGCUGGACUCAUUUGUCAGAGGCUAUUUGAGAUGCAUGUUAUGUAAUUGAUGGUGGGAGCUUAUCCCACAAAGCCCCCUCGGCUAUGUGUGUAAGAAAGUACUUUUGGCAUUUGCUCUAAAUUUAACUCACAUUUUGCUGAGAAAUCAAUGUGCUAACAAUGCAAAUUAUUGUAGUUUAAUACUGAAUUUACAGUCUCAAUGCAGAUGAAAGUUCGCGUUGAAAUCAUGACAUUAUUCCCUCUUAAAUGCUUCUAAGGAAUCAUAAUUCAAAGUACCUUCCAUCAGGGAAUUAAAACCGUAUCUCACAGUUUAACGCCUACAGCUAAAAAUACAUGAUUUUAGAGUCCUGAUGAAGGGUUUUGGCCAAUAGCAUCAACUUUUGCCUUUCCAUGGUUGCUACCUGGCCUGCUGAGUCCCUCCAGCAUUUUGUGUGUGUUGCUUGGAUUUCCAGCAUCUGCUGAUUUUCUCUUAUUUGUGAUUUUAGAGUCACUGUUUCUUUUAAACAAUGAAAACAUAAACAAAAUGCAGAAAAUACUGUUUAUUUUCUUUUAUCUUCCUCCUUGGUCCAUGUUAGUGAAGGUGAUUCAAUGCUCUUUUUAGAAAGAGUGAUAAAACAUAGAGAAUAAUGUUGUUUUAUACACUCCAUAUAAAAUUGCAUAUACAGUAUUAAGGCAUAAUUUUUAAUGAGUAAGUUAAAUAUAUGUGACUCAUAGAGACAUACAGCACAGAAACAAGCCUUUCAGCCCAUCUGGUCCAUGUCAACCCAUUUAAUCUGCCUACACCCAUCGACCUGCACUGGACCAGAGCCCUCCAUAUCCCUACCAUUCAUGUACCUGUCCAAACUUCUCUUAAGUGUUGCAAUCAAGCUCACAGCCACUUAUGUUGGCAGCUCAUUCCACAUGGUCACAAAAUUCUGACUGAAAAAAUUUCCCCUCAUGUCCCCCUUAAACUUCUCACCUUUCACCCUUAACCCAUGACCUUUGGUUGUACUCCCACCCAACCUCAAUGGAAACAAUAUGCUUGCAUUUACCAUAUCUAUUCCCUUCAUAAUUAUUUUAUAGGCCUCUGUCAAAUCUCCUCUCAAUCUUCUGCAUUCGAAUGAAUACAGUCCUAACCUAUUCAAUCUUCCCUAUAACUCAGGUCCCCCAGACUUUGCAACAUCCUUGUAAAUUUUCUCUGUACUCUUUCAACCUUGUUUUCAUCUUUUCUGUAGGGUAGGUGACCAAAACUGCGCACAAUACUCCAAAUUAGGCCUCACCAAUGUCUUACACAACUUCAAAUUAACAUCCCAUCUCCAGUACUCAGUACUAUGAUUUGAAAGCUUUCUUUACAACCCUAUCUACCUGUGAUGCCACUUUUAACAAAUUAUGGACCUGUAUUCUCAGAACCCUUUGCUGUACUACACUCCUCAGUGUCCCACCAGAGCCUAACUCCUCGGGCUCUGGUAACAAUGAGAAAGAAAAACCUACAAAUAAAAAUGAAUAAAUGAUUCGAGUUAAAAAAUAUGGCGGGCCCUAGAUAUCAGAAGUAAUGGAAUAGUGGCUAACAUUCUAACAAAGAAUAUUUUGUUAUUUGUUACCUGGUUAUUUUGACAGAGGGGCUACCCUUGAGGUAAUCUAGUUUUCAGACUCAGAAGCAUUGUCCAGAUGCACAGAAACUAACUUCAGACCAUCCGUUAUUAUUAUUGAAGUGUAGUUAACACUUAAAUGUCUGCUUUAAUUCAUACUGUUACAGCUACCUUAAAACUUAUUAAUGAUACAACUUUAAGCAAAACUAAGUUUAUUUUCAAGCACUACUAGAAAUUACACAACAUAGUCAUUGUGAUUCACAAGCGCUUCAGAAGUGCUUCAUUGGUCAUAAAGCACAAGGGGUACCCUGAGGCCUGAAUGUUAUUUCUUUUAUUAUCAUGCUGAGGAGAGACUUAAGUUGAUUCACUUCUUUUAACGCAACUGCUUUGUGUAUGGGGAAUCUACCAUAUAUUAAAGUAACCCAGGUACUUGAUAUAUUAAAAUUGCCAUACCUAUAAAUCUUAAAAAGAUUACACAUGGAAAUGUGUACUCUGUCUUUGUAACUUAUAAAGCACAAAAUACAAGAGGUACAUUAAUGCAAUAUCUUAUCCUAAUGCUUCCUUAGUUUCAAAUGCUUUGUUCUAUUCUGAGACCAUUUUAUGUAUUAAAUAAAUGUCAAAUAUUUUUCAAUAUUUAGAGAUAGCAAGCUUUUUUUUACUGUAACAUUUUCUUGUGUGAAGCAUGCUUUUGUGGACCCAAGGUUCUAUUUACAUUAAAUCUGGACAACUUUAUUGAUAUUAUUUAUUGCAAGUGGUAGCUUGAAGCAAACCACCAGUCUACAUUUAUAUAUCUGUACAGGUAAUGAGUUCGAUAGUUUUCAGCAGCAUUUCUAAAAGCAGGUGUCAGGUUACACAACUCAAGGUUGAACAAUCAAAUCCUACUGCCAGUGCAAGCUGUUACCUAUUUAAUAAAAGGUACUUUAUUUGUUUAAUGUAAUUUUUAUUGCUGAGGUGGAUUUUCAAAGAUUUAUAUAUGUGUUUUUAUAUAAAGUGAUUUUUUAAAUAACAUUCUUUGUUAGGAUGUGAUAUUGUAGGGCUGCUGGCAGCAAUUUUGGAACAAAAUUUAAGGUUUUGUACAGUCAAAAGCACAUCCAACUAGAUCCAGUAUCCACCAGACUUAUGCAAUAAUUACUAUACAUUUUGGGCAUCAUGCAAAAUGUAUACAUCAUUUUUUUCAAUAGUAGCAGAUUUUCCACUGCAGAUGUGAACAUGUUUUUUGGGGUUUCUGAUAAGUUCGUUCUCAAUGGUACCAACUUUUAACUUGGACUAUCAGAGAAUCAGAGAACUGUAAUAUGCAGAGGGACACACAAAUUAACCUUGUUCUCGAGCCUCAGUCAGUUGUCUUGUAGGCUACAGUAUAUCAAACGUUUAUGAAGAUUCCUUCUAUGCUCAGUGAGAGUUUCUGCCUCGCGAUCCUUUCAGGCACUGUAACUGGGACCUUCAUAAUAACAAUUAAAAGAGCUUUCCUCAAAUCCUCUCUUAACUUUUUGUCAUUUGCCAUAUAUCUAUACCCCAGUUUAUUAAGGGGUUAUGCGAUACCUGAGAUGAUUUAAAGAUACAUUUGUUAAUUGACAUUAUCAGAUUGCCAAGUACUUGAUCUGUUUAUGUGGUGGUAUUAGAUAAUUCAAGGUAUUAUAGAACAGCAAAUAAACAAAAUGAAGAGAGUUUCAAAUCACACCAUUUGGAACAUGCAAUUACAACUAAUAUUCCAAAAUUGAAAUGUUACAUUUAGAUCCAAAAUUGCAAAAAUGAUAUUUUUUUUACUGAGCAUAAGUUUUGGCAAUAGUACUGAAUAUUAGAGUACUAAUCUCUCCAUUUUUCUUUUUCUGUUGAUGAUGACAAAUAAUUACAUAAUUUGAAACAAUAUUUUACCAUUUCAUUAGUGUUUCAAUGAAGGCCUAGCAGGGCAGAUCAAAACACCAGAUUAAAGUAUAUCUGGUUUUGUGUUGGUGAAUAGAUGAAUCCGAGUUCCUCUAGAUACCAGAAUUGGAUAGCUGUUGUUAUGGUGGCAAAAUCAUUGAGUCUAGCUGUAAACUGAAAGAUUUACUGAGUAUAGCAAUUUACACCAAUAGGUUUAACUGUGUCAAAAAAAAGUUGAGCUUUUUUUCUAUUUGACAAUUGCACCAUUAAUGUAACUGGCCAGACCUGUUGGCAAAAAUAGUCUCUGGUUAAAAAUUGCAUGUUUAUUUGCUUCCAGUGAAAGCCAUGUUAAAAUUGGUUAAAAUAAUUGCUGAAUGCUAUGAGAACAAUAUUCUUCAAGAUUCAGCACAUUGAAAGGCACAUGGAAGUUUUAACAAAAGUGAUUGGAAAGGGAACAAGGUGAAGCUUGUCCAACUCUGAUUUAGUUACGUUAUCUCUGACCCUAGAAUCUCUGUAGAACACAAAAAGGUAUUUUUUUUUUAAAAGCAGUUUUUCACACAGUUCAUAUUUAGUAUUCUCAUGGUUUGUGAUGUGAGACACAAAAUGGAAAUCCGAGCUUCCUAAUGCAACUACCAGACAGAUAGUUGAGCUCUACAAAGAAAAGCUCUAUGAGCACACAUUUUGAUCUGUUCAUAUUUUUGUUUAUGUAAAACAGACAACAUUCUGCAAUUUUGUUUUCGAUGGUAUACUUGCACUUCGGCCUUUUAAGUUUUUUUUUACUUUUUAUAUAAAUACAAGCUUUUUUAUUGCUGUUAGUUAAUAAUUGCUUUGCACUGAGUAUACUGUACAAAUGUAUUGUGUUUCCAAGCCAUUGCCAUCAUUGAUUAUGAAUCACUUUGCUACAUCUUAAAAGGGAAUAAUGCUAAGGUAGUGGUUUAUGUAACACAAAACCCACAAGAUAUUUUACCUGGCAUUUUGUCAUGAUUGUAACAUUGAUUUAAGUUUGAAUUUCAUUUUCAAUAAAAUGGCAUUUUC